AUGGUGCAAAAUAUUGUUGCUGGUGAGACCUCUGCGCCCAAGGUAGUCUUGGGAACUACUAUUAAAUUGAAUGGUGCAAAAUAUCUACUGUGGGCACAAGCUUUCCGCAUCUUUAUUGGCACUCAGAGCAAACUACCACAUCUUCUGGCAUCCCCACCACCAACCUCAGAUCCCACCUAUAAUUCAUGGCUCUCAUCUGAUUAUUAUGUUAUGAAUUGGCUUCUCAGCAGUAUGGAAGCACAGAUUAGUAACAGCGGAGAUAAGUCAGUUCCGAAAUUCUUUGGUGAAUUAAAGGGACUGAUAGACGAACUAGAGAUGCAUCAGCCUGCGGUAGCUGAUGUAACGACGCUAUUGCGGUAUCGUCGAGAUCUGGCAGUGUCCAAAUUUCUUUCUGGAUUGCAUCCUACUUUACAGUCCCAAGUUUCUACUGGUGUUAUUUCUGAUACUACUGCACCAUCUCCACCUACAAUAGAUCAGUCUGCCAUAUUCUCUGGUCGGGGCAGAGGCCACGGUCGUGGUCAUGGCCGUGAUUCAGAGGGAGGAUGUGGCUCAUUUGGUGGGAGGCCAUGUGAAUCUGAUAAGCGCUCACGUCAAUAUGGUCACUGUGGGAGAACCAAUCAUAUUUCUGAGAAGUGCUGGGAGAAGUUUGGUCGUCCUCAGUGGGCCCAGAUUUCUCAGGCAGAUUAUGAGAGGUUACGCCAGCUAGAACUCUCUCAGAACAUUCAUUCUGCUACUUAUGCAUACUCUUCAAGUAUGGAUGCUUACAUAGAUUCUUCUCACAAACCCUGGGUACUAGAUUCUGGAGCCUCAGCUCAUAUGACAGGUAUAAAGGAUCACUUUGUAUCUUUACAUCUUUCUGAUAAGUUUUCUUCUAUUCGCAUUGCUGAUGUUCGUGGUGAUGGAGUAGUUCAUGCUACUUCCUCUUUAAAACUAAUUGAUGUGUUAUAUGUUCCCAAAUUCCCUGUUGGAGUAGUUCAUGCUACUUCCUCUUUAAAACUAAUUGAUGUGUUAUAUGUUCCCAAAUUCCCUGACCUAGCAACUGGCAUGAAGCUUGGUUCGGGGCAUGAGAGAGGAGGUGUGUACUAUUUGGACGACAAUGUGCCAGAUGCUGGUUCUGAGUCUUGUGAACUGGGUAAGCAUCAUCGUGCUACUUUUCAGAGUCGAGUUGAUAAACGUAGUAGCUUUGCUUUUGAGUUGGUUCAUUCUGAUGUCUGGGGUCCUUAUCGUGUUCCCUUUGUGAAAGGUGAUGUUUUAAAAUUUUGUGCUCUUAAUGGCAUUAUUCAUCAGACUUCUUGCUCUUACAUUUCACAACAAAAUGGAGUUGCUGAGAGGAAGCAUAUGCAUAUUCUAGAUGUUGCUAGAACACUGAUGAUACAUAUGAAUGUUCCAAAGUAUUUGUGGUCUGAUGUUGUUCUCACUGAUUUAACUACUGGUUUGGAUAAGUUGUCUUCUAGAUCCAUCAAAUGUGUUUUUAUUGGAUACCCUCGUACUCAAAAAGGGUAUAGGUGUUAUCAUCCAUCCACCAGGAAAUAUUUUGUGUCUGCUGAUGUCACAUUUUUUGAGUAUGUCCCCUAUUUUUCAUAUACUUCCACUACUAUUGGGUGUCCAUAUGUACCACUAUCUUCCUCUGCUCCUACUACUAUUCCAUUACCUGCUCCUGUAGCUCCUGCACCAAAGCCUCUACUAACAUACUCUCGUCGUCCAAAAGUACAUACCCCUGAAUCUGCUCCUGAAGAAUCUUCAUCUCCAGCUGCCAGUCUAUCUCAUGUUGAGACCUCUAUUCCUUCUGACCUGGAUAUCCCUAUUGCUCUUCGAAAAGGUAAACGGUCUUGCCUGAAAUAUCUUAUCUCUCUUUUUGUCUCUUAUGACCAUCUCAACUCAUCUUUUCGUCAGUUUGCUUUGUCCUUGUCCACUAUAUCUAUACCCAGGUCACAUGAGGAAGCUAUGUUAGUAUCAGCUUGGAAGCAGGCUAUGAAUGAGGAAAUGAAUGCACUACUUUCUAGAGGAACUUGGGACUUGGUUUUUCUUCCUACUAGAACGACUGUGGGGGAGAAUAUUAUCUGCAUGCUGAGAAAGGUCAUCUAUGGGUUAAAGCAGAGUCCUCAAGCUUGGUUUGAUAAGUUCAGCAAUGUUAUUUCUAAUGUUGGUUUCCAACGAUCUGAGACUAAUGAGUAUCUAAACCGUCAUUUUGUCACUAAGGACAUGGGAAAGCCAAAGUAUUUUCUUAGGAUUGAAGUUGCAUAUCAAAAGCAUGGCCUGUUGUUGUCCCAAAGAAAGUAUGUGCUAGAUUUACUAGAAGAAGGAGGUCUCUUGGAAUGCAAACCUGCAAGCACUCCAAUGGAAGUAAAUGUUGAUUUGUGGCGUGAUGAUACCUCUCUACUAGAUGAUGCUGGACAAUAUAGAAGACUAAUUGAGAAGCUAAUAUAUUUGAUAUUUACCGGACCUGAUAUUACUUUUGCAGUAGGUGUACUGAGCAGGUUUAUGCACAAACCUAGAGAGGUUCAUUGGACGGCAGCUUUGAAAAUUUUGGCAUAUGUCAAGAGUUGUCCUGGCAAGGGAUUGCUAUAUAAGAAGCAUGGGCAUACUCACAUUUCGGCUUUUUCUGAUGCUGGCUACGCAGGAGAUAUGAGAGACCGAAAAUCAACCUUAGGAUUCUGUACUUUUGUUGGAGGUAAUCUUGUGACUUAG